AUCCUUCCUAUAAAUAUAUAAACGACAUACUUCCUUCUUCUUCGCCAAUCAAUCCUCUCUAUUUAAUUUUCCUUCUCGAUCAAUAUUCUUCUCUCUUUUUUCAAAACACAAACAUUAUCGAAGAAAUUCGUAAAAAUGGCGCUCUCUAAAGCAGCUUCUGAAUCUGAUGCUUCUGUUCAUUCCACUUUUGCUUCCAGAUAUGUUCGCGUUUGCCUUCCUAGGUUUAAGAUGCCGGAACAAUCGAUACCGAAAGAAGCAGCGUAUCAGAUUAUAAACGAUGAAUUGAUGUUGGAUGGAAAUCCGAGAUUGAAUUUGGCGUCAUUUGUGACAACAUGGAUGGAACCAGAGUGCGAUAAAUUAAUGAUGGCUGCCAUUAAUAAAAAUUAUGUUGACAUGGAUGAGUACCCUGUCACCACUGAACUCCAGAAUAGAUGUGUGAACAUGAUAGCCAAUUUGUUUAAUGCACCACUUGGAGAUGCUGAGGUUGCUGUUGGAGUGGGAACAGUUGGGUCCUCUGAGGCCAUCAUGCUUGCUGGUCUCGCUUUUAAGAGGAGAUGGCAAAACAAGAGAAAGGCCUUGGGCUUACCCACUGACAAGCCCAACAUUGUCACUGGGGCCAAUGUUCAGGUUUGCUGGGAGAAAUUUGCAAGAUAUUUUGAGGUAGAGUUAAAGGAAGUUAAGCUGAGUGAUGGAUACUAUGUGAUGGACCCUGAGAAGGCUGUGGAAAUGGUUGAUGAGAACACCAUCUGUGUUGCUGCUAUCCUUGGAUCCACUCUCAAUGGAGAGUUUGAAGAUGUUAAGAUGUUGAACGACCUCCUUGAGGCCAAGAACAAAGAAACUGGAUGGGAUACACCAAUUCAUGUGGAUGCAGCAAGUGGUGGUUUCAUUGCACCAUUUUUGUACCCAGAUCUGGUCUGGGACUUCAGAUUGCCAUUGGUGAAGAGUAUCAAUGUUAGUGGUCACAAGUAUGGACUUGUGUAUGCUGGUGUUGGGUGGGUCAUUUGGAGGAGCAAGGAAGACUUACCUGAAGAACUUAUCUUCCACAUCAACUACCUUGGUGCUGACCAACCCACCUUCACUCUCAAUUUUUCAAAAGGAUCAAGUCAAAUUAUUGCUCAGUAUUAUCAGCUAAUUCGCUUGGGUUUUGAGGGAUACAAGAACAUUAUGGAGAAUUGCCAAGAGAAUGCCAUGAUUUUGAGAAAAGGAAUCGAAAACACAGGGCGAUUCAACGUCGUAUCCAAAGACAUAGGAGUUCCAUUAGUAGCAUUCUCCUUAAAAGACAACAGCCUUCACAACGAGUUCGAAAUCUCAGACAUGUUACGUAGGUUCGGGUGGAUUGUGCCAGCAUACACAAUGCCCCCAGACGCACAACACGUAACAGUACUGCGUGUUGUCAUCCGAGAGGACUUCUCUCGAACCCUCGCAGACCGUCUUGUUGCUGACAUCGAGAAAGUUCUAACCGAGCUGGACGCUCUUCCUGCUCGUGCUAAUGCUAAGUUAACUCUGGCAAACACCCAAGAAGAUGCUGAUACUACAGUGUCUAGGAAAAAGACUGCUUUGCAGAUGCAAAUGGAGGUUUGCAGUAUUUGGAAGAAAUUUGUUGAUGAUAAGAAGUCUAGGACUAAUGGUGUUUGCUAGAUCACACUAAUUAACCCAUAAAAUCUACUACAUUUCUAUUUUUACUUUGAGAGUUUUUUAAAGGAGACAAUUUGUUUUCAUUAUAAGUUAAUCAUGCAUUGAUUUUGACCAAGACAAUAAGGAUUUUUGGUUUUAUAAUUUUGGAUGAGAUUAAUUCACUUGAAUAUAUGAAUGUAAGAUCAUGGACUUUGUCACAUGAUUAUUGAGAGAACUUUAUACUUUUUUUUUUUUUUUUUGCACAUGGAUCUUGUAAUAUAAUUUUGAAGGAUAUAGAGCACAUUGGUGCUUUAAUUUUUCGUUUAAAUUGUUGUAUGUAUUAUGUGCGCUUAAUUUGUAAUUGGAAAAUUAUAAAAUGAUUGAAAAUUUGAAUUUAUGUUA